AUGCUCAUGGCUGCUUACAACAUCCUUCAACCUUUUCCAGCCCAAAGUUCCAGAGCCCUUCCACAGUCUCCCCAGAAAUACAUGUUCAGGUACAUUACAGCUAACACUGACACAGAAGAACAGAGUUUCCCGGUCCCUAAGGCUUUUAACACACACAUAGAGGAGCUAAAGUUGGAUGCACUCCUUCAGAAGGUAGACCGUUUACGGAUAAACGAGUCUGACAAAGUGGAGAGUUUUGAGCUACUUUGUGACCACAAAGAAAAGUUUAGUGAAGAGAUAGAGUUUCUGUGGCGGCUUGCCCGUGCCUAUGGAGACAUGUAUGACCUCUCUACAAACAAACAAGAAAAGAAACAUUAUGCUAAUGUUGGAAAAACUUUAGGAGAAAGAGCUAUCACCAGAGCUCCCAUGAAUGGACACUGCCAUCUGUGGUAUGCAGUUUUGUGUGGUUAUGUAUCUGAGUUUGAGGGCUUGCAAAACAAAGUUAGCUGUGGACAACUGUUCAAGGAGCAUCUAGAUAUGGCCAUCCAGCUCUUGCCUGAAGAACCCUUUUUGUAUUACCUCAAGGGAAGAUAUUGUUAUACCGUCGCAAAACUCAGCUGGAUUGAGAAAAAAAUGGCUGCUACUCUGUUUGGGGAAAUACCCUCGUCAACAGUUCAUGAAGCUUUGCAGAACUUCCUCAAGACUGAAGAAUUGCAGCCUGGUUAUUCUAUAUCUAACUACAUGUAUGCGGCCAAGUGCUGCGUUGAGCUUGGGGAACCCCAGGAUGCUUGGAGAUACUGUAACUUGGCAUUAUUACUGCCUGUCGCUACCAAAGAGGACAAGGAUGCACAUAAAGAGGUGAAAAAAAUAAUCUCUUCUUUGAAGAGGAUACCUGACCACGGAAAAGGCAGAUCGCGGUAUUCAUCCUACGUGACCUGAGGAUGUCUUCUGGUGGAUCGCCGAGGCCAGGCUAAUGGGACCCCUUCCACUUAAAGAUGGAGUACACAAACUCUGACCUCUCAGGAGACUUCGUGCGCAGUGCUGGGAAAAGGGAGUUCAAAUCCAGAGCUUUGACUAUCUCCCAAAGAUGUGAAUCAAAACUAUGUUACAGUUUCUCAUAAAACAUUAAAGAAGUAAACAAUG